AUGGCACACUCAGAACCAUUAAGUACACGAAAACGUCUUAGAUCUCGGAUCUCAGACGAAGCCGACGAAUUAUCCCCAUUACCUGCAAGAACGCAAUCAUCAGCAGCGAAACGUCGAAAGGUAGAUGCGCCUACUUCUACACUUGGCGGUAUCUCGAAAAGAUUUAAGAAACUCCUCGGAUUGGGCGCCAAGAAGGAUACGGAAGGCAGCGGAGAUGAAUUGAGCGAGGAUAUCUACGACAUCAAGGUUACGGAUGAUGAAGAAGAAAAAAAUACAAAGGCACGAGGGAAAACGAAUGCCAAACCGGUAGCAAAAACCGUUAAGGCGGCAAAGCCUGCUGUGAAUGUAGUGGUUCCGUCCCCAAAGCGCGGCCCUGGGCGACCGCGAAAGAAUCAAGAUGGCCUUGAGAGGGCGAAAGCAUUAUCACGGCAGGCAGUCCAAAAUGAAGCCGCGAAGAACAAACAGCAUAGGGAAACAGAAACUACUGCCGAAGAAAUUGAACGUGCUGAGACACGUACGAAACCAUCCAGUGGUCGAUCGACGAGAUUCUCCGAUUCAAAGAGUAGAACUUCGGUAGUUCGAGGAAACACCACUGGGGCACCUGGGUCCAGCACACCAAAACGUGGCCGGCCAGAACGUAUAAUAGAUGAUCUGACGGGUUCUGCAGCCAUACUUCCAAAAGGUAUCUUGACGCCUAGUAAGUCUAGGAACUCGACAAUAAAAAAGAGUGUUGCGUUUGAUGAGCCUGGCAAGGAUGGUUUAGAGGGCUUCAAAGAUAUCCCGUCCGAGGCACGUAUUCCCAAAACGUCGCUGAGCAAAAUCAUAACAUCUACAUCGCCGAAAGUCAAUGAUAACGGUGAGGAGAACGAUCCUGUUUGUGAGAUUUGUACGAAGCCUGACUCGAAACCCCCGAACCUCAUUUUGUUUUGCGACGGUUGCCCCCUCGCUGUCCACCAAAAAUGUUAUAGUGUAUCGAAAAUACCUGAUGGAGAUUGGUUCUGCAAAAAAUGUCAGAAAACCAAGGUAACGGCGGAGGCAGCAAGAGCUGUUCAAGAUGAUGUUGCAAAUGAAUCGGAUGACGAAAUAGCAUGUGCAGUUUGCAAAGGACUGGAGUCAAAGAAACCGAAUGAAAUUAUUCUAUGUGAGAAUUGUGAUCAUGCUGUUCACCAAACCUGUGGCAAUAUACCCAAGAAACCUCGGGGCGAGUGGCUUUGUAAAGAGUGCAUUUACAACGUAGAUCAUGAUCUGCUCGAUGGGGAAACAGAUCUGGGUCCGAUAUCAAAUGAAGUCCCCAGCAUUGAAGGAUUUGAAACUCAUUUAAAAGCAAUGCAAAGAGUACUACUGGAUCGGCUUACCGGACAGAAACGUUUGAGGAUCCACGGACAUGAAGAUGAGGUGUAUAAGGUGCAUCAGCUUGUCGAGCAGACCGUUUUGUCUGGUGAGGGUAAUUCUAUGUUGAUUAUCGGUGCAAGAGGUUCUGGAAAGACUACUCUGGUCGAAUCUGUGAUCUCAGAUAUCGGAAAGAACCACAGACAAAAGUUUCAUGUUGUUAGACUCAAUGGAUUUGUUCACACAGAUGAUCGCUUAGCGCUGCGCGAAAUAUGGAGACAGCUGGGAAGGGAGAUGGAGGUUGAAGAUGACUCUAACGGCAAGGUUAGCAAUUACGCUGAUACGCUAGCUUCCAUUUUGGCUCUACUAUCCCAUCCAUCAGAGAUAUCAGAGAUCGAGGCAGACCACGCUGCCAAGUCUGUUGUCUUCAUACUCGACGAAUUUGACCUAUUCACGACACACUCUCGACAGACUUUACUUUAUAAUCUAUUUGACAUAGCACAAUCAAAGAAAGCGCCUAUUGCUGUACUUGGUCUCACCACUCGUGUGGAUGUAGUCGAGAGUCUAGAAAAGAGAGUCAAGAGUCGCUUUAGUCACCGAUAUGUGCACUUAUCGUUACCUAGAAGUCUUCCAGCAUUCUGGGGAGUGUGUAAAGAGGGUCUUAUGGUUGAUAGCGACGAUUACGAUAACGAGGGGUUUGAUAUUUCGGCUCCCGGACAGAGUGCAUUCCUCUCAUUCUGGAAGGUCAUGAUUGAGAAACUAUACAACGACACAAAUUUUAAGCAUCAUAUUCAAUCACAUUUUUACCGGUCUAAAUCGGUGCCUGUAUUCUUCACCUCCGCUAUCCUGGCCAUAGCAACUCUUUCAAUGCAGAACUUUCCCUUGCGUGGGCAGUCAUUCAACCUGAGUAACAUGGCACUGUCAGCGCCGGACUCUAAACUUCACAUCCUUCAGGGUCUAUCCGAGUUGGAGCUCGCUAUGCUGAUAGCUGCCGCACGACUUGACAUCAUCCUUGACACGGAUACUUGCAAUUUCGCAAUGGCUUACGACGAGUAUAGCUCCUUAACAUCAAGACAUAAGAUACAGACAUCGAGCACCGGAGUUGCCGCUUUAGGAGGAAGUGCUAAGGUCUGGGGAAGGGAUGUCGCGUUGGGGGCAUGGGAACGAUUGGUAGAGUAUGAUUUGCUUAUAUCUGCAGCUAUUGGUGCGGCACAAGUAGGUGGAAUUGCAGGUCGUAUGUGGAAAGUUGAUAUUGCAUUGGAGGAAAUUCCCGGUAGCGUUGAGGGCCUGAAUGGGGUUAUGCUGAAAUGGUGUAGAGAAAUAUAA